AUGGCCUUCAAAAACGGCCUUAGCGAGCGUCUUGAUGAGCUGCGGUUCCCAUCGCCGCGGUCUCCGCCCGCCGACGCUCACUUCAAUGCAUACACACCUCUAUCUCCCCAGUCCAACUUGAUUUCUGCCUUCCAACGUCCCUCUACCGAAGUGCGUGCCAACCUCCAACGCCGUUUCACUACCGAUGCGAGUAAACUGUCGUCAUGGACCUUUGCCAACCAGCAGUCCUCCCAAACGUCCGAGUCCCUGGACUUGCUGUCUUCGGGGCUUGCUCCUAUUGUUCCGUUUGAGAAAAAGCGCCAACACAUUGAGUAUAUGCGGGAACAGAAGAAGCGGUUUGAGGCUGAUAUGAAGUUACUUGAUCUCCAACAUGAGAGAGAGAAGCAGGAAAUGGACCAAUUAGCUCGUGACCUUGCUAAUGCAGGCCUCUCUGGCCCUGUCAGUGAACCCACGACACCUCCAGAGUACCGUGACACUACCUUCUCAAGUGCCUUCCCACGACACACACGUUUCUCCACCUCCAGUGUCACCUCCUCUCCUGGCAUCUUCAACAUUUUUUCUCCUUCUUCAGUGACUUCACCCCCAACCACCUCUCAUACCAACAGAAACGGCACUACUCCAACUGCCAACAACCAGCGUUUCUCAGUCCAGUCUGUUCCAGGUUCUCGAAGGAACUCAGAGGAGGAGGAAUAUUUCCCAGACUCCACCUCUGCUUACCGACCAGGUCCCUCAAUUCACCGUUACUCUAUGCCUACAACAAGUCUGGCUGCCCAGUUGAGAUCAACAACUGCAACUUACAACAACUCGACACUUGAACCCUUCAACGCAGCCAAGCUUCUUUUCGGUGACGAGAGUAGAGGGGCUCCAAAAGACGAGGACCGCCUCCCUACUCCAGACAUAAAAAGCUAUCUUCGAAUGACAGAUCUUGACGAUAAAUUUCCCACGUUGUCACAAAACUCAGGAUUGCUUUCUGCCAAUUCCGACGCACUUGAUUUGGCUAAUUCCCGCACCCCUGAACCCUGGAACACUCAUAGUCGCUACCGUUCUAUGCCCCAGGGUGAUUUGAAUAUGUUUCGCUCUGAAAAUCAGAUUGAUGGUGCGCCAUCUACUGAUAUGGGCAACCACACUCGUCAUGCUGCUCGCCAUUCCGUGGAGCUGAACUUCUUUGGUAAACAGGAGCCCACAACUCCUACUGGCCCGACGUCUACUCGACCAGUAUCUCUGCAGUCAUCUUACUCGACUAAUGAUUUGCCCACCAUGAAAGCAAAUGGCUUUGGAAACUCUAUUACUCCUCCAAAGUCUCAUGCAGAAGCGUUUCACCAGCACAAUGCGAGCCUAGGCCGCAUUCCUCCUGGUGCGGCUAAUUCUCGUUCUGCCAAAGAAUCCCCUGAACGUGAAGACUCCAACCUCGUUGCUAACGGUAAUGGCCCAGCCUCGGGUCUUCAACCUACCGCCGCUCCUUUUGGACCUCAGCUUUCUGCUGCAUCUGGACCGACUCUUACAGGCCCUGCGACUGGCAAUGGUAUCCCUAAUUUCCAAGGUCAAUUCUUCCCUUACGCUGCUCAGCCCUACAUGAACAACGGGAUCCCAGUCAACGGGAGCAAUGUCCAAAAUUUCAAUGGUCAAGCUCCGUACCCUGGGUUCGGUCAAAAUGGGGGUUUCCAAUUUUCGAGGAUACCAGCUCGUCAGAAUAAUGCUCCUGCUCAUCGCAAUGGUGAAACCGACGCUCAGCAAGUUUCGCGCUUUGCGAAUCUUCCGCUAGAACAGUACCGCGGAGAGCUGUAUGGCCUGUGCAAGGACCAACACGGAUGUCGUUAUCUUCAGCGUAAGCUUGAGGAACGCAAUCCCGACCACGUCCAGAUGAUAUUCGCCGAAACUUGUAUGCACGUAGUUGAACUAAUGACUGAUCCAUUUGGCAACUACCUGUGUCAAAAGCUACUCGAAUACUCGAACGAUGAUCAGAGAACUCGUUUGAUCCACAAUGCCGCGCCACAGCUUGUUCCAAUCGCUCUGAACCAGCAUGGCACGCGUGCUUUGCAGAAAAUGAUCGAAUUCGUUUCGACUCAGCAGCAGAUACAGAUGGUUAUUGAGGCUCUGCGUGGCCACGUUGUGGAUUUGGUUCAAGACCUCAACGGAAACCAUGUCAUUCAAAAAUGUCUCAAUCGUCUGUCUGCCGAGGAUGCGCAAUUCAUCUAUGAUGCUGUCGGUUCUUCAUGUGUCGUGGUCGGCACCCAUCGCCACGGAUGCUGUGUUCUGCAGCGCUGUAUCGACCAUGCAUCAGGAGACCAGCGCGCUCGCUUGAUUGCUCAGAUCACAUCCAACGCAUUCUCGCUCGUUCAGGAUCCAUUCGGCAAUUACGUUGUCCAGUACAUCCUUGAUUUGUCUGAGCCCCAUUUCACUGAGCCGCUCUGCCAGACGUUCCUGGGCAACAUUCCUCCCCUCUCGAAGCAGAAGUUUAGCUCUAACGUAAUCGAAAAGUGCUUGCGCACCGCAGAGCUUCCAAUGCGACGCCGCAUGACCGAAGAGUUACUUGUUCCCCGCGAGCUCGAGGCAAUGCUGCGAGACUCCUUCGCAAACUAUGUCGUUCAGACUGCAAUGGAUUUUGUCGAUGCUGACACUCGCAACCGCCUUAUGGACGCUAUUCGUCCUAUCUUGCCUGCUAUCCGCCAAACUCCUCACGGACGUCGCAUUGCUGGGAAAAUGGCAGGUGUUGAAUCUUCGGGACGUACCAGCGGCAACCCUAGCGGUCAAGCCACGCCUAAUGACAUGUCUUCUGGCCAGCUGCCUGCAUCGAUGCAGGUUCCACCAAAGCCUUUCCUAAACGGCCCGAAUUCCUUUGGUGCUAAUGGAACUGCUGCUCAGUCCCCACCGGCCCUCGUUCUGCAUGGGAUCUCAGCAACAUGCAAAUCCACGAUUACUCGAGCCGUUCUGGAAGCGCUCAACGUUCCUCAUACAGUCGUCCGCUGCGCCGAAUGCAUUACCGGAAGACAUCUGCUUACCAAAAUACUUUUGGAGACACUACGCGUGCUUGAUUUGGGAGACGAAUGGGAGCGAUUCGGCAAAGGCAAGUGCGAGUAUGUAAGCACGCUGGUGGUGCUUUUGACAGACGCCUUUUCAUCGUCCAAGGGGAAGGGGGUCGACAAAUUUAUACUGGUGUUGGAUGGCAUUGAUAAACAACGAGAUGCAUCUCAGAUGUUACUCGCUGCGUUGGCAAGACUGGGCGAGGUGAUCCCAGUUUUGACGGUCAUUCUCGUUUUGAAUACUACACCUCGUCCGCUGUUUCUGAGCUUGGCUGGCGUGCCGCAUAUCAGUUUCCCGCCUUACACCCGCAAAGAGGCUAUUACAAUCAUUACAGCCUCUAAUCCGCCAGCUGUGGAGGGCAUAUCUGACACUACUUUGAAAAUUUACCCGCAAUUUGUAUCAACAGUAUAUGACUCUUUAGUUGGACCCACGGUGGGGACUAUUCCCUCAUUCAGGAGCAUUUGUGAACGACUAUGGCCUCGCUUUGUCCAGCCUGUUUUGACGGAGACGCCACUAGGAGGAAGCGGAGAGUGGGAUUUUCCAAAGCUCUUGGUCCGGAAUCGAGCCAUGUUUAAAAUUCAAGGAGAAACAAUGUUGGUUCAUCAUAUUGUUUCGGACGAAGCCACCACCAAGAACAAUAGCAGAUCAAUCACUUUCCUGGCGCCAAAACCCCCUUCGUUGCCAUACUUUCCAACCCUUGUCCUUACGUCGGCCUAUGUGGCAUCUCAUACACCGUCGCGACUAGACACGAUUUUCUUCUCGAAAUUUUCUUCAUCAUCUCUAUCUGCUAGGAACAAACGAUCCCAUCACAGAAGAAGGCUGAAACUCCUCUCCCAAGCCCAAGCAGAAGACGACCUCGAUGACCCAUCAACUCCCAGAAAGGGAAAGCGUGUCAAAACAAAAAUCACCAAAACAAUGCUCGACUCUGCGUUUGUAACCACAUCCGCAACUACGUCCGCAGGGAGCGGCGGUGGUCAUCUAGCCGGUCCAUCCACGAUCCUCACAGCACGUCCAUUCACACUUGAGCGGUUAAUUGCCAUAUAUCAUGCCAUCGACCCGAACCCACCAGCGAACCCUAUCCGUGCACCUGCCAUGGCAGACACAAUAUACACUGAACUCGCAACGUUGCGCCGACUUCGACUCGUCGUGCCCUCUGGAAGCGCGAAUAUUAGUGGUAGCUCAGCAACGACAACUACUGCUGAUGCGGGCGAGAAGUGGUGUGUCAAUAUAUCUGGUGACUGGAUUGGAGAUCUUGCCAAGGGGAUUGGUAUUGAGGUUGGAGAGUGGCUUGCUGGUGGAUUGGAUUGA